AUACAAGAUCAUUGUUUCCCCAAUAUUAUAUAUAUACAUAUGCUUUCCUUUGUCUUUAAGAUUACAGAAUCAAACCAACGAUCAUUCACAACCUAACCCUUUUUUCCUAAUUUCAGUUCAUCUCCACUCUUUUAUCUUUCCAAAUCCAAUCCUUCCAAACAGUUUCUUGCUUCAAAAAUGGCUUCAAGAGCUUCAAUAUCCCAAUCACAGCUCUUUUUGAGGAAACCCCAUAUCAUAUGUACCCCCAAAACUCCAGUUUUCGUAACACCCAUCUCAAAACCUAGCCAAAGUUUGAAUCUUUUGGUGUUAAAGUCCAAGAAAAUGGUGGUGGUGGCGGCGGCGGGGACGGGGACAGCGGCGGCGGAGGAGAAGUCGAAGAAGAGGUAUCCAGGUGAAGGAAAAGGAUUUGUGGAGGAGAUGAGAUUUGUGGCUAUGAAACUGCAUACUAAAGAUCAAGCUAAAGAAGGAGAAAAGGAACCUCAGGAGAAACCUUUGCCUAAAUGGGAACCCACCAUUGAUGGAUACUUGAAGUUCUUGGUGGAUAGUAAGUUGGUUUAUGAUACUCUUGAGAAGAUUGUUGAUAAGGCUGAUUUCCCUGAAUAUGCUGAAUUUAGGAACACUGGAUUGGAAAGGGCGGAAAGUUUGGCGAAAGAUUUGGAAUGGUUGAAAGAACAAGGUCAUUCUAUACCUGAACCAUCAUCCCCGGGGCUCAGUUAUUCAGCAUACGUUGAAGAGUUAUCGAAGAAAGAUCCACAAGCAUUUAUUUGUCACUUCUACAACACUUACUUUGCUCACUCUGCUGGUGGUCGAAUGAUAGGGAAAAAGGUUGCUGAGAAGAUACUCAAUGGCAAGGAAUUGGAGUUCUACAAAUGGGAUGGCGAACUCUCCCAACUCUUGCAGAACGUUAGGGACAAAUUGAAUAUAGUUGCCGAGAACUGGACUCGAGAGGAGAAGAAUCAUUGUCUCGAAGAAACAGAGAAAUCGUUCAAAUUCUCUGGGGAAAUCCUCCGUUUGAUACUGUCGUGAUGCAGUAAACCGUUGUAAACUUGUAAUCUUUACGGGCCAAGAUCUAAACUUUCUCGUAACACGAUCUUGUCUUUUUGGCCCCUUUUGUGUAGAAGUGUAACUUUUCUGUGCAUAAUCUGUACACUCUAUAUCGAAUCUUGAACAGGAAAGCGAAGAAAACAGGUGUAUCGACUUUCUUGAUCGUUUUCGUUUCAU